AUGGAAAUUAACGAUUUAAGAUAAUAAUACACAAAUAAAAUGAGAAUCGACUUGUCAAAUGAGUUUAUAAAACUUGAAAACGGUUAAUUAAAUCAUAAGUAUUUCCUUUGUAAAAGAGGAUAAUAUUGGAGAGUAGGUAAUUGGAAUUAGAUUAAUUUAUAAUUUUUUAAUGAAAAAGCUAAUGAAAUUGAGCUAGAAUUAAGAUGUUGUAUACUUCUUUCGAUUAACGAUUUAAGUGAUUAUCAAGGAUAAAAAUUAAGUGAAGAUGAAAUUUUAUAAUAAUAAAAAAUUAAUUUAUAAAAGGGUAAAUAAGAAAAUAAAUUAAAAGAUAAUAUUUACAAUAAAAUUUGA